AUGGCUACACAAUUGGUUUCUCUGGUAUGUGUUUUGUUAAUGUGGCUUGUUGGUGUAUCGGCACAAGCAUCACAACCUCGUUCUAUGGCAACGCCUGGUUGUCCGUCGAAAUGCGGAAACAUCACCAUACCAUUUCCUUUUGGCAUUGGAGCAGGUUGUUCAUUCAACAACUGGUUCGACAUCGAUUGCAAAGAAGACCACCAGCCUUUCUUAAAAAGCACUGGCCUGGAGGUUCUCAGUAUUUCAGCGGAAGAAAGCAACAUUCGCGUAAAUCAUCCAAUAUUUUCCGAUUGCCAAGUUAAUACCAGAACUACUUUCGCAAGUGUAGACUUGGGAGAAUCCCCUUUUGAGUACAACGGCACUGUUAAUAGAUUCACCGGAGUGGGUUGCAACAACUUAAUUUCCAUGUCGUCGUACUGGGUUGAAUCUAUUGUUGCAGGUUGCGUGUCAAUGUGCGAAAAUUAUGAAUAUCCUCUGAGUACUACUUCUAGUUGUUUAGGCAUCAACUGCUGCCAGACCGGAAUCCCUUCAUUACUCAAGGCGUUUAAUGUUAGUUUGUCUACAAUGAGAAACGACUCCAUGGGAGCUGGUUGCAGAUAUGGUUUUCUGGUAGACCAGCAAUGGAUUGACUCUUCCAAAUCUAAUAUUUGGGAAAUAGUUCAUAACAUGACACACGUUCCGGUGCUUCUUGAUUGGGGGAUGAAUUUCUAUUUUCUGCCAAUAAACGAAACGAUUCCAAGUUAUAAUAAUUCAACCACCCAAUGCAACUCCACUCUCAGCAGACAAAUUCCUUCUUUAAUGCUCUUUCAAUGUCGCUGCAAUCACGGCUACCAGGGAAAUCCCUAUCUUCAUGAAGGAUGUCAAGAUGUAGAUGAAUGUCAAUCCCCACAACAUGGUGUCUGUCCGUCGCCAAUGAUUUGCGAAAACCGUCCAGGAACUUACAUUUGUUACCUCUCCGAGCGCAGAAAACACUUGAUUUUAUCAGCUAUUGUAGGGGGACUUGGGUUAGCAAUAUUUACCCUCUCUCUGCUGUGGUGGCUACAUAGAUUACUUACAAAACGAAAGAUUAAGAAGCUUAAAGAGAAGAACUUCAAGCGAAAUGGAGGUUUACUUUUACAGCAACAACUAUCGUCUAAUGAAGUCAAUGUUGAUAAGAUCAGAAUAUUCAAUUCGAGAGAGUUAGAGAAGGCUACUGACAACUUCAGAAUACUCGGUUCGGGAGGGCAAGGGUUUGUUUACAAGGGAAUGCUGGCUGAUGGAAAAAUAGUGGCGGUGAAGAAGUCGAAAUUAAUUGAUGAAAGAAAGGUGAAACAGUUCAUUAACGAGGUUGUCAUACUUUCACAAAUCCGUCAUAGGAAUGUGGUUAAGCUAUUGGGGUGUUGCCUGGAAACAGAAGUUCCUUUACUGGUUUAUGAGUUCAUCCCAAAUGGGACACUUUAUCAGUACUUGCAUUCCGAACAGAACGAGGAAUUUCCGCUCACUUGGGAAAUGCGCUUACAGAUUGCCACAGAUGUUGCAGGAGCUCUUUCUUACCUUCACUCAUCUGCAUCUUUACCCAUUUACCACAGAGAUAUCAAGUCUUCAAAUAUUCUCUUGGAUGAGAGGUAUAAAGCCAAGAUCGCGGAUUUUGGUGCUUCAAGAUCAAUUGACAUUGACCAAACUCAUCUCACUACUCGAGUACAAGGUACUUUUGGUUACUUGGAUCCUGAGUUUUUUCAAUCAAGCCAUUUCACUGAGAAGAGCGAUGUUUAUAGUUUUGGGGUAGUUCUUGUUGAACUCCUAACAGGAAAGAAACCAAUCACCUCAACAUUGGAAGAAACACAAGGUUUAGCUUCGUUAUUUGUGAUAUCAAUGGAAGACAAUAAUGUCUUCGAUAUUCUGGAUACUCAAGUUUUGGGGCAUUCUAGCAAGGAACAAGUUAUGGCAGUUGCUAACCUUGCAAAAAGAUGCUUGAACCUAAAUGGGAAGAACAGACCAGCAAUGAAAGAGGUCGUGCAACAUUUGGAAAGUUUCAGAAUGUCACAAACGGGUUCAAUCAUUCUACAAGAUAAUGAAGAGCAGCUUUAGGACAUAGGAACUGAUCAAACAACAAGGACAUGGGAGGAGUUUCUUUGUUCAAGUACAGAAUCAUAUCCAGAAACUAGUUCUUUAGGCAUUGAUGCCAUUUAUUAGGAGUUGGAAGAUUUUUAUUAUGCAUGCAUAUACUUAUUACCUGUGUGUAAUGGAAAUGUGGUACUGUCAAUUUCUUGUC